AUGGGUUUUAAAGACUUAAGGAACAAGUUUGAGAAAUUGGGAUUACACCAUGGACAGCAAAAUCCACCUCAACAACCUUUGCAAAUGCAACAACAACCUCAAUUGCAGCAACAAAAUAAAGAUCAACAACAACAUAGCCAAGUUUUAAAAGGAGACAAUAUUUUCAGUAAUCCAAUUGCAACUGGUGAACCUCCAAAGUUAUUCAAAAGAAGGGAGCAUCCAUUAAAACCACAAGGAUGUACAUUAGAUCAACCAAUUCAAACCAAUAAUUUUUAUAACAACUUGACAUUAGAAGAUCAGACAUUCCCUAUAUGGACUUUACCUUAUUCACUUUGGCUCACAAAAGAUCCAGAUCAAGAUCAUGGAUUCGCGUUCAAUCACACAGAUGCACAACAAAGAGUAUUUGGACCCGAUCCAAACACACAAACAUCACAGUUUUAUUUUAAUCCACCAAGAAUUAAAUCAUUCGUUUUAAGUGGUGAUAACUUCAACAAUGUAAAAUUAACAUUACAUGAUCACAGAAAGAAUUCAGUAACUGCAAGAUUGGAGAAUAAUCAAGGUAGUAUUGUUGUUCCAUUAAUGUAUGGAAUGGGGUUCAUUACUGCUAUCUAUGAUAGAAUAAAACCGGUUUUAGCUUCACAAGUUGGUGUUCAAGAAUUUAAAAAAGUUACUAAAAUUGAUGGAUUGACUAAAUACACUGCAAAAUUAUUUAAUCAAGUAGUUUGGUCAAUUUAUAGUGACAUUGAGUUGAGUUUAAGAGACCCAAAUCAUAUAGUUGGUAAUAGUCCAGGAACAAUUCAAAUUGCACGUGGUGAUUCUUGUCAUUAUGAUGAAACUGUUGGUUGUUAUCCUACGAGUUGUGAUUUAUCCGGUGUUGUUGAUGGUAAAAUUGGAGAAUAUGCAUUCAAGUAUAAUAUAGUUGGUAGAUCUAGAACUGGUACCACUUUAGUAUGGGCAUUGCCUCAUCAACAAGUUAUUAUUAAAUCUGGUGGAGAUACAGAUCUAACUUUAGAUUCACCAACAAAAGGAUUAAUGAAAGCUUAUAAAACAAACGAACUAGUAAUGCAAGAAACUGAUUUACCAAUAGAUAUAACGUGGGAUCCAUGGACUUCUUUUUCCAAUGAAGCUAGAUUUUCAUCAUCUGCUAUACAAUUAAUUGGUCAAGCAGCAACUGAAGAAAUCAAACAAGAUGUCAUAGGAAUGGCCAACAUAGAUUCAAUGUAUACAUCAGGUAAAAUUCUAGACAAAUUUGCAUAUAUCGCUUACGUUUGUCAUUUCAUACUAAAAGAUCAAAACCUAACUUGUCAAACAUUACCUAAGAUAAAACAAGCUAUAGAAAUUUUCGCCAAAAAUCAACAAAAAUUCCCCUUGGUUUAUGAUACUACUUGGAAAGGAUUGAUAUCAUCAGCUGAUCCGGGUGCUGAUUUCGGUAAUUCUAACUACAACGAUCAUCAUUUCCAUUAUGGAUAUCAUAUCCAUGCAAUUGCUUUAAUUGCACAUAUAGAUGAAAAUUGGUUACAUGAAAAUGAUAAUCUUGUCUAUGACUACGCUAUCACGUUGUUAAGGGAUACAGCAAGUCCAGAAGCAGAUGCAUUCUUUCCACAAUCAAGAAGCUUUUGUUGGUACAAUGGACAUUCCUUUGCACAUGGAAUUUUUGCAUCUGGUGAUGGAAAAGAUGAAGAAUCAUCUAGUGAAGAUUAUCAUUUUGCUUAUGGGAUGAAAUUAUUUGCCAAUGUAAUUAAGGAUAAAGCAAUGGAAGAUAGAGCUAAUUUAAUGUUGGCAAUAAUGCGAAGAGCAAUGAAUAUGUACAUGUUAUAUUCGAAUGAUAAUAAGAUUCAACCACUGAAAAUUAUCGGAAAUAAAGUAUCUGGUAUUUUGUUUGAGAAUAAGAUAGAUUACGCAACUUAUUUCGGUCGUGGAAGCAUAGGUGAUGAAUGGAUUCAUGGAAUUCAUAUGUUACCAAUAACUCCCAUAUCAGGAUAUAUUAGAUCACCUCAAUUUGUAAAAGAGGAAUGGGACGCAAAGUUGGCUUCUAUUAUAGAUAAAAUUCCAGAUGGUUGGAAAGGUAUAUUGAUGCUAAACAAGGCUUUAUUUGACCCUAAGAGUUCCUAUGAAUGGUUUGCUGACCCUGGUUUCAAUCCCGCACAAAUUGAUAAUGGGAUGUCUAGGACUUGGUCCUUGGCUUAUACUGGUGGAUUAUUGGGGUAG